AUGAUGUCCCCAAUCGCAGACGCUCUUUACCGCUUUGGCCUUGCCUACGACACUGCAGAUUUCUCGCUGCUAGAGUCUGCUCUUACCGACGACGCCAUAUUUUCAAUCAACGACACAAAGCUCCACGGUUUACAAGAAAUUCGCACUCAAUCGUUUGAAAAGGUGGCCAAACUUGAUACCACCCAUUUAUUCAGCAGCAUUCGCACUCAACAAGACGGCAGUAAAGCAACGCUAACAGCUACAGCGCUCGCUAAUCAUUAUCCACAGGGCAAGGGACUUGCUGGUGAGAACCGUUUCCUUCUUGGCGGUUCAUUGUAUACUGGGGAACUCGUUUUCCAAGACGGCCUCUGGAAAUUUUCUAAAGUCCACCUCCAGCUUGUCUGGGUCAAUGGUGACAUGUCAGUCUUGCAAUAG